GAGGGGCGGGGGCGGGAGGCAGCAGCGCCCCCGCACUCCCCGCGCCUCACACACUUGCACCGGCCGCUCGCGCGCAGCCCGGCGUCGCCCCGCGCCGCGCUCGCUCCUCCCUCCCUCCUCCCGCUCCGUGGCUCCCGCGCUCCCGGCGAGGUUCAGGCGCCGAGCGAGCGCACGGGCGCACGGACAGACGGCCCCCGGGACGCCUCGGCCCGCGCCUCCCGGGCGGGCUAUGUGGAUAGCCCCGCCGGGGCCGGCCCGCGGGAUCAGCACAGCCCGGCCCGCGGCCCCGGCGGCCAGCGGGGACUAUGAACCGGAAAGCGCGGCGCUGCCUGGGCCACCUCUUUCUCAGCCUGGGCAUGGUCUACCUCCGGAUCGGUGGCUUCUCCUCGGUGGUAGCUCUGGGCGCGAGCAUCAUCUGUAACAAGAUCCCAGGCCUGGCUCCCAGACAGCGGGCGAUCUGCCAGAGCCGACCCGACGCCAUCAUCGUCAUAGGAGAAGGCUCACAAAUGGGCCUCGACGAGUGUCAGUUUCAGUUCCGCAAUGGCCGCUGGAACUGCUCAGCACUGGGGGAGCGCACCGUCUUCGGGAAGGAGCUCAAAGUGGGGAGCCGGGAGGCUGCCUUCACGUACGCCAUCAUCGCUGCCGGCGUGGCCCACGCCAUCACAGCCGCCUGCACCCAAGGCAACCUGAGUGACUGUGGCUGCGACAAGGAGAAGCAAGGCCAGUACCAGCGGGACGAGGGCUGGAAGUGGGGUGGCUGCUCUGCCGACAUCCGCUACGGCAUCGGCUUCGCCAAGGUCUUUGUGGAUGCCCGGGAGAUCAAGCAGAAUGCCCGGACUCUCAUGAACUUACACAAUAACGAGGCAGGCCGAAAGAUCCUGGAGGAGAACAUGAAGCUGGAAUGUAAGUGCCACGGUGUGUCCGGCUCGUGCACCACCAAGACAUGCUGGACCACGCUGCCGCAGUUCCGGGAGCUGGGCUACGUGCUCAAGGACAAGUACAACGAGGCUGUCCACGUGGAGCCCGUGCGAGCCAGCCGCAACAAGCGGCCCACCUUCCUGAAGAUCAAGAAGCCGCUGUCGUACCGCAAGCCCAUGGACACAGACCUGGUGUACAUCGAGAAGUCGCCCAACUACUGCGAGGAGGACCCGGUGACGGGCAGCGUGGGCACGCAGGGCCGCGCCUGCAACAAGACGGCCCCGCAGGCCAGCGGCUGCGACCUCAUGUGCUGUGGCCGCGGCUACAACACCCACCAGUACGCCCGCGUGUGGCAGUGCAACUGCAAGUUCCACUGGUGCUGUUAUGUCAAGUGCAACACCUGCAGCGAGCGCACCGAGGUGUACACGUGCAAGUGAGCCCGCGACUCGGCGGCUGGGCGCUUCCAGCCGCAAGUCAGACUGCAGGGGGGACCGGACAGCUUCCGGCUGCAGUCAACCUGGCAGGUCUCGUCCGGGAUCUCCGCGGGGGAAUGCUGAGCUUGUCUUUUCUGCUGUGGGGACACCUCUCCUGGGUUUUCCGCAGGCGCCCGGUGGAAAGAUCUCCCCAGAGCCCUGGACUGUUCUCUUCCACACCCACUGCUGCUCCGCCCCACCCCACACACCGCCUGGGGGGGCCUCCUCGGCUGGAGCAGAGCCUUUUGCACCAGGAGCUCUGGGCCCUGGGGCCUCAACAUAGCAAUAUUUAACAAUUUAUUCUGAUAAAAAAUAAUAUUAAUUUAUUAAAUUAAAAAAGAAUCCUCCCACCUCAUCGGGAUCCGUUUUCUGCAAUCAAAGUGGACUGCUUGCUUUCCUUGCGGGAUAAUUUUGUCGCUAGGACAAGGA